GAGCAGAACUCAUGCCACUUUUUCGCUGCUCAGCACAGCGGCCCAAACAAGAGGAAUGCAAACAAGCAAAGCAUACGAGGCUAUAAAACCUGAUCACAAUCGCGCUUUCGAGAAUGUCCAGCUUGGCAAGGCUGAGGACGACGGCGGACGGUAAAAUAAAAGGAGCUCUAAAUCGAAGUCAAGCCAUGACGUUGUUGAAAACAGGCAAGCCCCAAACAUCGGGAACCAUCAUUUUUCGAGCACCGAGCCCGCAGCUGCCGUCCACUUGUACUGGCGCAUCAUUCCAUGUAGACCAAUGCAAUUGGAAGCGCCGGCAACGUGUGUGCAAUCUUCUAGGUCCUGGUUUGCAGGCUCUAGAACGUGAUAUCAGGGCCAACGAAUCCGAGACUUCCGUUCAAAGUUGCUGUGACGCAGCCUGCUGCUCUAGCCGGAGUCCUUGAUGUCAAGUUUUCAGAGGACAUGAUCAGUUGAUCUUCUUAUUUCCACUUAUCAACCGGCUUUUUCUGUUCCCCUUCUCUUAAACCCAUCACUGUCACUUUCUCAGAUCCAUACCAAUUGCUACCUUAAGAGCUGUUUAGUCGUGCUAUCUCAUUGCUUGUUACGCCCUUUAUCCGCCAAUAUGCCUGGGGAAGUGAUUGACAGGCCAAAUCCCAAAGCUUUGAAGUCUUUGAUCCCGGACGAUGUACUCAAACUCUCAGUUCAGCUUGAGAAGCUGCAACUGAGUGAUGCAGACCUCAAAGGACUCGAGGAGUUCCGCAGAGCAAGCAACUACAUUGCAGCUGCCAUGAUUUUUCUCAGUGAUAAUGCCUUCCUUGAGCGAGAUCUCAAGUUUGAUGAUAUCAAACCGAGGCUUCUAGGGCACUGGGGAACAUGCCCAGGUUUAACCCUCGUCUACGCCCACCUUAACUUCCUCACCCGCAAAAAUGAUCUUGACUGUAUUUAUGUUGUCGGUCCAGGGCACGGUGCUCCAGCUAUUCUUGCGUCUCUCUGGCUGGAAGGUAGCCUCGAGAAAUUCUACCCACAAUACAGUCAAAACAAACAGGGUUUACAUAAUCUUAUAACUGGCUUUAGCACACCUCACGGAUUCCCCAGUCACAUCAAUGCUGAAACGCCUGGCUCUAUUCAUGAAGGUGGUGAGCUGGGAUAUGCACUCUCGGUUGCUUUUGGAGCUGUUAUGGACAAGCCAGAUUUGAUUGUUGGCUGUAUUGUUGGUGACGGAGAGGCUGAAUCCGGUCCAACUGCCACUGCAUGGCACGCGGCCAAAUACAUCGAUCCUGCUGAAUCAGGUGCGGUUAUACCUAUCGUGCACGUGAACGGGUUCAAGAUCUCUGAAAGAACUAUUUACGGAUGCAUGGAUGACAAGGAAAUGGUUACUCUUUUCACGGGUUACGGGUACCAGUGCAGAUUCGUGGAAGAUCUAGAAGACAUCGACCGAGAUUUGGCGACAAGCUUCCAGUGGGCUUUGGACGAGAUCCGGAUGAUCCAGAAGGCUGCAAGAUCUGGCAAGCCUAUCAUGAAGCCUCGCUGGCCUGUCAUCAUAAUGAGGACGCCCAAAGGUUGGAGUGGACCUAAGGUUGUCGAUGGCGAGUUCGUUGAAGGGUCCUUCCACGCUCAUCAAGUUCCACUGAUGGCCGCCAAAACCAACGAAGAUCAGCUCGCGGACCUCCAGAAGUGGCUUCUGUCUUACGGACCUGCAAAGUUGUUCACAGAGACUGGCAAUGUGACCGAUUCUAUUAAGAGCGUCAUUCCCGUUGAUGCAAACAAAAAGCUCGGACAGCGUGCUGAGACAUACAAGUCUUACGAGCCGUUGAAAGUUCCCGAUUGGAGAAGAUAUGGAGUGGAGAAAGGAACAGAGGAGUCCUGCAUGAAGGCUAUUGGGAAUUUAAUCGACCAGGCUCUUGUGGAUAACCCCAAAUCCCUUCGAAUCUUCUCCCCAGAUGAGUUAGUCAGCAACAAGCUUGAUGCAGUAUUCAACCACACUGGUCGAGACUUCCAGUGGGAUGAAUUCUCCCAUGCCAAAGGUGGCCGAGUCAUAGAAAUCCUCAGCGAGCACACUUGCCAGGGUUUUCUACAGGGCUACACGCUCACUGGCCGGACCGGCAUCUUCCCGUCAUAUGAGAGUUUCCUGGGUAUCAUUCAUACGAUGAUGGUCCAGUACAGCAAGUUCAACAAGAUGGCUCGCGAAACCACCUGGCGAACAGAUCUCUCUAGCAUCAACUAUAUCGAGACAAGUACCUGGACAAGACAAGAGCACAAUGGUUUCUCCCACCAGAAUCCCUCAUUUAUCGGCGCAGUUCUAAACCUGAAGCCAAAUGCUGCGCGAGUUUACUUCCCUCCUGACGCGAACACCUUCCUCUCAACAGUAGCCCACUGUCUCCGCUCUAAGAACUACGUAAACCUCAUGGUGGGUUCUAAACAACCGCAGCCAGUGUUCCUCUCAGUUGAAGAAGCAGAAGCACACUGUCAAGCAGGAGCAUCAGUUUGGAAAUUUGCAUCCACAGAGGACGGGCUGAACCCCGACGUAACACUCGUGGGUAUUGGGUCUGAACUAAUGUUCGAAGUCGUUGUCGCCGCCUCCAUCCUUCGCAGAAAGUGUCCCGCACUCCGAGUACGAGUCGUCAACGUCACAGAUCUCAUGAUCCUAGAAGCCGAGACUCUCCACCCCCAUUCCCUGACCAACGACGAGUUCAACUCCCUCUUCACGCCCAAUCAUCCCAUCCACUUCAAUUACCAUGGCUACAGCAACGAAAUCAAGGGUCUCCUCUUCGGGCGUCCAAACCUCGACCGUAUCACCGUCGAGUGUUACAAAGAAGAAGGAUCUACAACGACACCAUUCGACAUGAUGCUCCGCAACAGUGUAAGCAGAUACCAUGUCAUGGAAGCUGCUAUCAAGGCUGGUGCGAAGGUCAAUCCAAAUGUUAGGCUGGACAUGACGGCUUUGCUGGGCGAAGUGAGACAUCAGGUUUCUAAGGUGCAGAAGUACAUCAUGGAGACCGGGAAGGAUCCAGAGGGAACGUUUGAUGUGCCUAAGUUUGAGGGGACGGUGUUUAGAGGUGGAAACAAGGGCGAUGGAAACAGUAGUGGCAAGGAGGAUGGAUUUUUUGUUAACUGA